UGCCAUCAGACAAGCUUUAAUCUACAAAAUAGUCCAACAUUUUGGGGCAACCUGAGAAUACGAACACAAAAACGAUCAAAAAUGGCUAAACUAAAGUCAAUCUUGCUUCUGCUAAUGGCGAUGGUGGUUGCAUCAAUGGAGUUCUAUCAAUCGGCGGCAAGAGAGCAUGUCGUCGGCGAUUCCUUCGGGUGGAUCGUGCCACCAAAUGAUGACUUCUACAUUAUUUGGUCACUGCACAAUGUCUUCAAAUUCAAUGACGCGCUUAUCUUUAAUUUCGCCAACGGAUCUCAUACUGUUGCAGAAGUGACGAAGGAGGCGUAUCGGAACUGCGACGCCGGAAACCCCAUCUCGCUCCAUACCACCAGCCCCGCUAGAUUCACCAUUAACAGCCUUGGCAACCAUUUUUACAUCUGCACAAUAGGCCCACAUUGCAAUUCCCAUCAGAAAUUAGCGAUUAGGGUUACCCCCACUGCUAACAACUCGUCUGCAUUGUUGCCGCAUUGAUUUUAUAUGUGUUAUUGAAUUAAUACGAGGAAGUUCUACUUCGAUAA